AUGCCUCGUUUUUUUUCGAAACGCCUUGCGCCUGCACCUGCUCUCGUCCCCUUCGACGUACUUCCAGACUGGUAUCGCGACAAUCCGCAUAUCCUGUCGGCGUACCGACCAGUAUCGAACUCGUUCCACGCCUGCCUUCAAAGUCUUACCUAUAUCCAUAACGAGUCGCUGAAUAUCUACACCCAUCUUCUUCCCGCUAUUGUUCUGGCCUUCGCGCUACCGACGCUGCAGAUCAACAUUUCGUCCAUCUACGCGGAAGCACCAUGGAUGGACAGAUUUAUAUUGACACUCACACCAAUGGCCGCACUCCUGACAUUGAGUCUUUCCGCGACAUACCACACUAUGAUGAAUCAUUCAAGAUUCGUGAGUGCAAGCUGCCUGUUGCUCGAUUACACUGGCAUCCUCGCGCUCAUCUUGGCCUCUUUCAUCUCGGGCAUAUACGUUGGAUUCUAUGAUUCGCCGGCGCACCAGCGCAUCUACUUCAGUAUGAUCGCUGUCCUGGUUCUUACCUCUUGUCUCUUUGUCCUGCAUCCAAAGCUGCAAGGGCCCGCGCAUAGACCGCAUAGGACUGCGGCGUUCAUCGCGACAGCGCUGAGUGGAUGUGCACCAGUUAUGCAUGCUUGCUUAUACUAUGGUACCUACGAGGCAUUCUACUAUAGGGGCGCAAUGUGGUGGCUUGCAGAAGGAGCGUGGUAUGGAAUUGGAUCUUGGUUCUUCGCGAAACGUUGGCCUGAGUGCUGGAUGGAGAAGGCUCGAUGA